CACUGUAUAUAAUAUUGUUGAUAACUUUUAUUAUUACUCACUAGUUUUCUAGGUUUGCAUUUUUUUACGAUGAGGAAUGUUUUAGAAUUGUUGAUUCUAAUUAUCUUCAUCACUAUAAGCCAGUUACCUGAAGCUGAGCCUGAGACGCCACUUUCAUGUAAAGAGAAUGAGUUUAAAUGUAUGAGGAGCUGCAUUCCUGUAAACUGGAGAUGUGAUGGAGAAUCUGAUUGUCCAGGCUCAGGAGAUCAAUCAGACGAGGAAAACUGCCCUCAGACUGGACAAGUUGUAUGUGAAGAUAAGCAGUUCAAAUGUAUGAGACGAUGUAUCCAUGUAAGCUGGAGAUGUGAUGGAGACUAUGAUUGUGUAGACGAAGAUGAUAAAUCAGACGAAGAAAAUUGUCCUCCUAAGACGUGUCCAGAAGAUGAAUUUACAUGUAGGUCUGGUCAAUGUGUGCCAAUAAGAUGGGCUUGUGACAAUGAAAGAGAUUGUCUUGAUGGAUCUGAUGAAACUGGCAUUUGCAAGAAUAAAACGUGUUAUCUAGACGAGUUUAGUUGUGGAAAUGGAGCGUGUAUACUAGCUAGCUGGCGUUGUGAUGGUUCCCCGGACUGUUCUAAUGGUGAGGAUGAGACAUGUGACUCUCCUUCCUGUGCUAGCGGUGAAUUCAGAUGUGACAACUCCAAGUGUGUUAACAACAAAUGGAAGUGUGAUGGAGAUGAUGACUGCGGUGACAACAGCGAUGAAAAACAAUGCCCUCCACCAGUGAGUCACUGUCCAGCUGACAGAUUUGACUGCUACAAAAACGGGUUUUUAUGUAUUGAAGCCAGCAAGCUCUGUGACAAGAGAAAGGAUUGUGAAAACUUUGCUGACGAAGACAGCACACUUUGUGAAACACAAAGAACAACCUCAAGUACAUUAACAACUCCUCCAUCUAAGACAGGCUUCCCUAAUAAUACCGGUACAAACAGAAAUUCUUUUAGUUUUCUUGCUGAGCCUGAGACGCAACUUUCAUGUAAAGAGAAUGAGUUUAAAUGUAUGAGAGGUUGUAUUCCUGUAAACUGGAGAUGUGAUGGAGAAUCUGAUUGUCCAGGCCCCGGUGAUCAAUCAGACGAGGAAAACUGCCCAAGUAAGAAGGCAUGUUCAGAUAAGGAGUUCACAUGUACCUCGGGUCAGUGUAUUCCGACAAGGUGGACCUGUGACAAAGAACCCGACUGUCCUGAUGGUUCUGACGAAACAGAUGUCUGUAAAAAUAAAACCUGUGCUAACGACCAGUUCAGUUGUGGAAAUGGAAAGUGUAUUCCAGCUAGCUGGCGUUGUGAUGGUUCACCCGACUGUUCGAAUGGUGAGGAUGAGACGUGUGAUUCCCCUACCUGUGCUAGCGAUGAAUUCAGAUGUGACAACUCCAAGUGUGUAAAAAACAAAUGGAAGUGUGAUGGAGACGAUGACUGCGGUGACAACAGUGAUGAAAAACAAUGUCCAAAUGUAACGCUGUGUACUGCUGCUCAGUUCCAGUGUUCGGACAAGCAGUGCAUUGAACUGUCCUGGAAAUGUGACGGCGAUCCUGAUUGUAAAGACCAAAGUGAUGAAGCAGACUGCACACCUGUAAAAGUGAAAAAGUGUUCAUUGGAAACUGAAUGGGAGUGCCACAUCGGUGAAUGCAUCCACAAAUCAUGGAAAUGUGAUGGGGUUGAAGACUGUUCAGAUGGAUCAGAUGAGUUAAAUUGUACAAUCAAUUGUCGCCCAGAUCAAUUCCAAUGCAAUACCAGUGCCUGCAUUUCUCAGUCUCUGAAAUGUGAUGGCCGUGUUGAUUGUGUAGACGGAUCAGAUGAAGAUAACUGUCCUACAGUGAAAGGUCCUUGUGCUAAUGAUAGUUUUGACUGCUACGGAAAUGGAUCCCAAUGUAUUGAGGCCAGUAAACUCUGUGAUAACACAACGGACUGUGUCAACUCUGCAGACGAGGAUAACAAACUCUGUGAAACAAUUCCAUGUAGCUUGAACAAUGGUGGUUGUAUGCACACAUGCAUUCCUAUUGGCACACAACACCGGCGAUGUGAGUGUUUGGAUGGUUACCGGUUAGUGGGCAACACUUCCUGUGAAGACGUGAAUGAAUGUGACCAAUGGCCCCCUGUUUGCUCACAGAUAUGUGUUCAUGAGCUUAAAGGGUCAUAUAAAUGUGAAUGCAUGUCGGAAUAUUACCCAGAAUUACUCUCGGAUGGCCAACAUAUUUGUAAAGCUACUGGUGAGAGACCGUGGUUGUUCUUUGCCAACAGAAAUGACAUCAGAAAAUUGGAGAUAGACACUCUAAAACAACGACCUGUUGUCGGUGGCCUUCAUAGUGCUGUUGCUAUUGAUUUUGAUUAUUACAGCAAAGUUGUUUACUGGACUGAUAAUGUGCAAGAGAAAAUUAUGAAGACAAACAUAACUGAAAAAGGGGAAACAAAUAGGACGAGCAUACCUGUAAUUAGCCGUGGUAUCCAGAAUCCUGAUGGAAUCGCUGUGGACUGGAUCUAUCAUAACCUUUACUGGACUGAUACUGGCUAUGAUACUAUACAAGUUGCCUCGCUUGAUGGAUUCAUCAGAAAGACGCUUGUAGAUGAAGACCUGGAUGAACCAAGAUCGAUUGCUUUGGAUCCAAAAAAUGGGUGGAUGUAUUUCUCUGACUGGGGAACAAUUCCCAAGAUCGAGCGCAUAGGAAUGGAUGGAAAUCACACCAGCAGAAGUGUUCUGGUGCAGAGAGAAAUUGUAUGGCCAAAUGGUUUAACACUGGAUUAUGCUAAUGAAAGAUUAUAUUGGAUUGAUGCUAAACUAAAAAGCAUAUUUACAAUCAAACUAGAUGGUAGUGAUAUUCGAAGAAUUCUGCACAACGCCGAGCAAAUCGGCCAUCCAUUUUCAUUGACUGUUUUUGAGGAAAGUCUUUACUGGACAGAUUGGGGGGCUGAAGGUAUACGAAAAGUGAACAAAUACACUGGACAGGGAUAUUCACAACUAGUCGCAGGUUUGAGGGCUCCUAUGGACAUCAAGGUCUAUCAUCAGCAAAGACAGGUGCGAAGUUCUAACAACUGUGGGAAAACAAAUGGUGGCUUCCAUCUAUGCCUACCAGCCCCAGUAUCAUUGAAUACUAAAGGGUACACGUGUGUUUGUCCAAACAACAUGAUCCUAUCUGGAAAACAAUGUAAAAGUGGAGUAGAUUCUACAGGCAAUGCUGAACGUACAACUUCAAGCUCUGUUGAAGCUAUCAAUGUAACAGAUAACUUUGUUUUAAGCUCUGAAAUAUCAACAACAGAGAUUAAUAAAGUUUCGGUUGACUUUACUGGCAGCUCAAAACCUCCAUUUGAAGUAACAACCAAUGUUUCAAGGCACAUAACUGUCAGCUCUGAAAAUCUAUCUGAGGUAACAUCAAAAGUUUCUAGUCGAUUUGAUGUCAGCACUGAAAUAAAAUAUGAAACUACUACUGACGCUCCAUCUCGUCUUCCUGACCACACCAACACUCGGUAUAAAGAAACUACCAGUAUACAUCCACAACUUACUGUAAAAACCAAAACUCGGGAUGAAAUAACUACCAAAGAUACUGGUCUCAACAGUUUGAGCACUGCGACUCCAACGGAAACAGAUGUCGAAGUUGAUAUCAGCUCUAAACAUCCGUUUGUGAAUUCCAGUGUUUCAGAAAACGAAACUUUGCAUGAUAUUGUGACUCCAAGAAAAUCUACCAAUGAAACAGUGGUAGAAAAUUCAACAGAGGAUCCAAUAGUAACAGCCGUGGUGAUUGCAGUUGCAUUAUUACUCUGCCUAGCCAUUUUGGUCAUUAUUGGAUUUUUCGCUUACAAGGCGUGAAAGAAAAAUAUGAUUCCAAAGCCUUAUCAGACAGAUGAAUUUCUAUAUGAAUCUGAUCAAUAUGUGCCAAUGAAGGGAACUUGUGAUACUGAAUCAGACAGUGUUGUUACAAGUGAUGAAGCUGAUACUAAAGCAAGGAAACAAUUGAUGUUCCAGGCUCUUUGAAAAACUAUAUUGAACAAGCUAAUAAAAAAUUAGCUUAUGUAUAAAGUGACAAAAAUUGAAGAGGAAGAAAACUAGAUUAGACGGUUGUUACACAACCAUUUCCUGUAUAUAAAGAAAAGGUAUAUGGUUGCGGACACGAAGAACCUUAAAAACAGUGAUAAAAAUAAAUUCUAUUACCAUAGAA